GUGCUUGUUUGUGCUCGGGCGUGUUCCGCUUCGAAGCGUCAAACAUGCACGCCAAGGACUGCGUCAAAGUGGCCGUCAGAGUCCGACCCUUCAACAAGAGGGAGCGCGACGCCGGCAGCCGCUGCAUCGUCUCCAUGGCGGCGAGCGCCGUCACCAUCCAGGACCCCCGCGACCCGCAGUGCCGCCGCUCCUUCUGCUUCGACUACGCCUUCUGGUCCCACAGCGGCUACGUCGUCCAGGACCGCACGGGCCUCUACCUGCCUGAGGAGGCGGGGGGGCGCUACGCGGACCAGGAAUGCGUGUUUCAAGACCUCGGGGAAGGAAUACUGGAGAACGCGCUUCAGGGUUACAACGCCACCCUGCUGGCGUACGGUCAGACGGGCUCGGGGAAGAGUUACUCCAUGGUGGGCUACAAGCCCAACAGAGGCCUGGUUCCCAAACUGUGCCAGCGACUAUUUGAGGCCAUCCGAGAAAACGAGGCUAGACAAUGCCAAGUCUUCUUCAGUAUGUUGGAAAUCUACAAUGAGCAGGUGGCGGACCUGCUGGCCCGUGGCCCUCGUCCCCCAGGGGGGCUCCGUGUCCGAGAGGAGCAGCACCGGGGCUUCUACGUGGAGGGACUACGCACGGUCCCGUGCGAUAGCGCGGCGCAGGUGGAGCAGCUGAUGGAGCAAGGCACCAGAACCAGAACCACGGCGGCCACGCACAUCAACGCAAACAGCAGCCGCUCACACAUGCUCCUUGUGCUCCAGCUCAAACAGAUCUUGUCCAAAGAGAGCGUCACCAAACAGUCCAACAUCAACCUGGUGGACCUGGCGGGAAGCGAGCGCCAGAGAUCGGGGUCGUCCGAGGCCGACCGUCUCAGAGAGGGCACGGCCAUCAACCUGAGCCUCACCACUCUGGGCAACGUCAUCAGCGCCCUGGCCGACAUGGCGGUGGGCAGGAAGACGGUGCAUGUUCCGUACAGAGAUUCGGUUCUCACGAAGCUGCUGCAGUCCGCGCUGGGGGGGAACAGCCGCACCGUCAUGAUUGCAACACUAAGCCCGGCUGACAUCUGCUAUGAGGAGUCUCUGUCCACACUUCGCUAUGCUGAGAGGGCAAAGCACAUCCAGAACCGUCCUGUGGUGAACGAGAGCCCCACUGAGCGUCUCGUCAAAGAACUCAAGGCCGAGAACGCCAGACUGACGCAGAGACUGAGCCGACUGGGGCAGGACGGACGCGGCGCCAACGACGAAACCAAGGAGAUCCGUCAGCUGCUGACACACAAUGAGCUCCAGAUAAGAACCAUUAGCACUUUGUGGGAGAAACAUCUGCAGGAGGCGCUUCGGGACUGGGAGCAACAGUAUGCCAACAUCACACAGGAGAGGAGAAUGAUGCAAAUGCAUCCCUACAUCCUGAACAUCAACGAGGACGCCCAGCUGUCCGGUGUGGUCAAACUGUUUAUCCCCGAGGGCGAAUGGGACAUCGGCCUCAGCGAGGGCACCCCGAGAUCCAUCUCCAUCAGGGGUUUCGGGAUCCAGCAGCGCCACGCCGUGUUGAAGAACCAAGAGCGGCGGGUCACGCUGACCCCGCUGCCGUGCUCCAAGGUGACCGUCAAUGGAAUGCCGCUUUCUCAGACCAGCCAGCUGCAGCACCUGGACCGACUCAUCCUGGGUUCCAACUGCACUUACCUUUACAUCGGUUUCCCGUCCGAGAGGGGCGCUAACGACUGGAGUCGCUACGACUACGACUACUUCCUGUCCGAGCUGGCUGCCGCUGAGGGCAUCCACCUGGGCGAAAGCAGUACAGAAUCCUGCCCGACGGAUCCCCGUCUGCUGGCGGUCUUUUACGACUACGUCAAAUUGAUGCCACUGGUGGCUGAAGCCAACCAGAUGAGCCAGGAACUAAAAAAGGGUGUGGAGUUUAAACUGGAGAUCAAGAAUCUGGUGCUGUCGGACUCUGAAGGAAACGACCUGGAAAAAGAGAUCAUUUGCAGAGUCACCUCAAAGCACAGCAAGCAGGUAUGGAUGUGGUCCAAGGCCAAGUUUGUCAACCGCAAAUUCCUGAUGGAAGAAAUCUACCAGAGACAUCGGGAUGAGAGGUGUUCCGCCCUGCCUAGAGACAAAGACCCUUUUUGGGACCCGGUAGAGCCGCUGCUCCUGGGCACCGCUCACCUCUGGCUGCAAUCGCUGGCCUUCCGAAUUCCUGUGGACGAGCAACUGGAGGUGCUUGGGUCUGAAGGUAGCGAGGAGGCCAUCCUGCAAGCGAAGCUGAUUCCUUGCACCGCCGAUGGAGUGCCUCUGGGCGAAGACGACAUCCUCAUCGACCCGUCCGAGCUCCUCGGCCGGCGACUCGACGUCCAGCUGCUUGUGGAACAAUGUUUAGGUCUGCGCUGGGUCAGAGAGGCUCGCAGUCGAGGCGUGCAGAUCGGUUUCAGUCUGUUGGACAGCGGCGGUCGCGUGUACACGCCGGCCGUGUGGCACCACGUCAACCCGGUGCUGCGUCACAAAGUGCACUUUGCCUCCCUUCGCGUCUCCCGGCAGCUACUCGACUACCUUCAGAGCAGCGCCGUGCUUCUGGAGCUUUGGGGCCUUCAAGAUGGCUGCACUGGCUUGGUAUCGCCUCUGGAGGGAGCUAGAGUGACCGCAGACGGCAUUUUCAUCAUCGAUGAGAGUGGCGUGACCAACACUAUUCCUACAGAUUGCGUACAGCUGAGCAGUUCAGUUCUGAGCAGACUUCAGAGGGACCUCGAAGAACAGAAGAGCGUUAACGACACCUUGAUGAAAGAGAACCAACGUUUAAGAGGACAACUCCACACAGCCGCCAACGGCGGCGACGGUGCACGGAGUCGUUCGUUUCGGCCCAGUUGCGACGCAGAGUUGGCGCGCUCGCUGAAACGGUUCUACCACAACAUGACCUCGCUCAGGGCUCAGCUGCAGAUCCUGCGCAGACGCAGGCCCAGCGAGUCCUGCGACCUACUGGGGCUGCGGCUCUACGUGGACGAGCACAGCGGUCUGCUGAAGGACUUUUCGGAGCAGCUGGAGCAAAGCGUGUCCGCCCUCAAACACGACGUCGCCGCCAUCGUCCGACGCAAGCGCGAACGAUCGGGAACCUGGUCUCGAUGAGGGAAAACUCAGGAGAAGCAAUUGCGCAGUUCUCUUCGGAACAUACAACAAUCAAAAAACAUUUUAUUUUAAGUUUUGACGUGAAAUUAAAGAUUUUUUAAAAUCUA